AUGGCCGGUGUACAAGAUCAGUUAGAGAUCAAAUUUCGAUUGACAGAUGGAUCAGAUAUUGGUCCCAAAAGCUUUCCUACUGCAGCAAGUGUUGCAACUUUGAAGGAAACUGUUCUUGCUCAAUGGCCUAAAGAGAAAGAGAAUGGUCCACGGACGGUGAAAGAUGUGAAGUUGAUAAGUGCAGGAAGGAUAUUGGAGAACUCACGAACCAUAGGAGAAUGUCGCAGUCCUCUAUGUGAUGUUCCUGGUGGGGUCACAACCAUGCACGUAGUUGUUCAACCCCCAUCAACAGAGAAAGAUAAAAAAGCAGCACACCUACCGAAACAAAACAAGUGUGUUUGCGUCAUUUUAUAA